AUGGCUCUCCGCCGCUGCACCGGCCUCGCCGCGCGCCGCUUCUCCGCGGCGCCGGCGGCCAGCGCGGCGCAGUACGACAACGUCCUGACGGAGGUCCGCGGCAGCGUGGGCAUCGUGACGCUCCACCGGCCCAAGGCGCUCAACGCCCUGUCGUCGCCGCUCAUGGCCGAGGUCAACGAGGUCACGGCGGCCUGGGACGCGGACCCGUCCAUCGGCUGCAUCGUGCUCACGGGCAGCGAGAAGGCCUUCGCCGCCGGCGCGGACAUCAAGGAGAUGAAGGACAAGACCUACCCCGCGACGUACGGCGAGAACAUGUUCGCGUCGUGGCAGGACGUCGCGGCGCUGCGGACGCCGACCAUCGCCGCCGUCAACGGCUACGCGCUCGGCGGCGGCUGCGAGCUCGCCAUGAUGUGCGACAUCAUGCUCGCGGGCUCCAAGGCGCGCUUCGGCCAGCCCGAGAUCCUGCUCGGGACGAUCCCCGGCGCGGCGCGGGGCGCGGGCGGCACGCAGCGCCUCGUCCGCGCGGUCGGCAAGUCCAAGGCCAUGGCCAUGUGCCUCACGGGGGACCAGAUCGACGCGGCGGAGGCCCUGUCCGCGGGGCUCGUCGCCGCCGUCCACGCGCCCGAGGACCUCGUCGAGGAGGCCGUGAAGAUGGCCGCGAAGAUCGCGGGUCUGGGCCGCCCGAGCGUCAUGAUGUGCAAGGAGGCCGUCAACGCCGCCUACGAGCUGAGCCUCAACGAGGGCAACCGCCUCGAGCGCCGCCUCUUCCUCUCGACCUUCGCGACGGCGGACCAGAAGGAGGGCAUGGCCGCGUUCGCGGAGAAGCGCGAGGCCGACUUCAAGAACUGCUGA